ACAUGGCUUCUUGCACUGGUCUACUGGAAUAUUCAUUCUGAGAGCUGUUCUCUUGCUGGAAGUAACGGAGAUAAGAAAGUGAUGGUUGCAUGACUUGGUGCUUCACAUGGCGUUCAUGUCCAGAUUCUCUGGGAGCAGCUCAAGGUCUCCGAACAGAAAGGAUUGUGACCACAACUCGCCAGUCCUGACUGUGUUUGAGCUCGAGAGGUUACUGUACACCGGGAAAACCGCUUGUAACCAUGCCGACGAAGUGUGGCCCAGCUUGUAUAUUGGUGACCAGGAUAUCGCUGCGGACCGUUGUGAGCUAACAAAGCUGAGGAUUACUCUGAACUGUGCCCACAGUAAGUGGAGAGGUGGGGCAGAGUAUUAUGAUGGCAUGAACAUAACCUACCAUGGGAUUGAAGCACACGAUUCACCCACGUUUGACAUGAGUGUCAAUUUCUACCCGGCUUCGGAAUUCAUUCAUAAAGCACUGUCCAGUAGAGGACGUAUUCUGGUUCACUGUGCUGUUGGGGUGAGCAGAUCUGCCACCCUGGUCCUGGCUUACCUUAUGAUCCGCCACACCAUGACGCUGGUGGAGGCCAUCAAGACAGUGAAGGAACACCGCGGCAUCAUCCCCAACCGGGGCUUCCUGCGGCAGCUAUCAGGGCUCGAUGGGGUCCUGAGAGCGAGUCGCAAGACUUGAGGAGCCAGAGUACGAACACACUGCAAAAAACAUUAUCUUGAUAUGCAAAAAAAACACAAUGAUCUUGAAAAAGAAACAUGACUCAUAUUUUAAUUAUGCGCUUCUUAUAGUUUUAAAAGUUCCAAACUGUGAUAAUUGUAAGCAGUUUUUUGAAUGCUGAAACUGUAUCUUUUUCACAGUUGUUAUUUGUUGUGGUAUAUGGUUUUUAAAAGCUGCUAAAAUUCAAAUGUAAUUCAAGGUUAGUUUCUUAUACCUUAUAUAACAUUUUAUUUUUGUGUGGCAGAAUGCUGAUUUGAGUUAAGGCAAUUCAGUUCAUAAAUCAUUAAAAUAAGAUUAUCUUUGAUCAUUUUAAAGACAAAAAUACACUGUACUAAGAGACUCAUGUACCAUUGGACAUGUUGUUUUUGUAACUUUUGUACUCAAAAGGGACUUAUUUUAAAUUGUGUUUCAAUCUGGUGAAGGACAGAUCUCAAAUCAAUAAAGAAGAUAUCAAGAUAAUAUUUUUGUUGUGGGUUCCUGUCAAAGGCAGUAAAACAUGAAAAGGCAUCUCUAGCAAAUGUAGCAAUUGUAGUUCAGCUUUAGGAGCUGAAUAGUAUCCAGUGAUCAUAUUUGUAGUUAGAGAAGUAUAACAGCAUUAUUAUCCCUACAGCUGUGAACAGUUUCAAAGUUUAA